UUGGGAAAGACCUUAUUCAAGUUUUUGGGUCCGACCAGUUAAGGUCCUCGAAGGCAAUCAUUCUUUUCAAUCGGGAUGAUAUUCUCACUAUUGUGUAUUAUCAUAUCAUUGAUCGCUAUAAUUUUAUAUUUAGAAGUGAAGAAGCCGAAAAAUUACCCCCCAGGUCCUUUAUGGCUUCCUAUAGUAGGCUGCUUAUUCCAGUUCAAGAAACUCAAAGAAAAAUUUGGAUACCAGCAUUUGGCUUGGCAGGAGCUGUAUAACAGAUAUGGUGAGGUAGUUGGAACCAAACUAGGAAGAAAAUAUGUCGUGGUGGUUUUUGGAGAAGAGGCCGUAGCUCAAAUUCUGACUAGAGAAGAGUUUGAAGGAAGGCCAAAUGGGUUUAUAUUUCGGAUGCGUACCUUUGGAAGGAGAUUAGGUUUGGUAUUUUCGGAAGGAGACUUCUGGAAGAAACAGCGUAAAUUCUCAAUACAAAGGCUGAAAAAAUUCGGCUACGGAGGUAAGCAAAUGAUUGAAAAGGUAGAAGAAGAAACAUCUUAUUUGAUGGAAGCUUUCAUGAAGAAAUGCGCGGAUCCUAUACUGAUGCAUGACGCUUUCGACGUCUCCGUCAUCAAUGUAUUGUGGACAAUGAUAGCAGGAGAACGCUUCGAUCUGGAAGAUGCUAAGUUGAAGGAGCUCAUGGGGAUAAUCCAUGAUGCUUUCAGAAUGUUGGAUAUGUCAGGAGGUUUGUUGAACCAGAUACCUCUUUUACGAUACCUUGCUCCAAGGUCUAGCGGAUACAGACAGAUAAUGAAAGUGAUGCAAGGGUUAUGGAAUUUUUUGGAAGAUACUGUUAAGGAUCAUAAGAACAACUUCAGUACAGACAACCCCAAAGACUUAAUUGAAGCGUUUCUUCAAGAAAUGAACACUCACAAUGACGACACUUUUUCAGAUGAACAGCUCAUCGCAUCCUGCUUGGAUCUUCUAAUGGCAGGAUCUGAAACAACUAGCAACACCUUGAGCUUUGCUGUCGUUUAUAUGCUUGAAAAUCCGGAAGUAAUGAGAAGAGUACAGCUGGAACAGGACAAAGUAGUAGGCAGAAAUCGUUGCCCAAGUUUACAAGAUUCGGUCAGGUUACCCUACACAAACGCAGUUCUGAAAGAAGUUCAACGGAUUGCCAAUAUUCCUCCUGUUGGAAUAGCUCAUAGAGCAGUAAGAGAUGCAGAAUUGUUCGGUUAUACCAUUCCAGAAGAUACAAUUGUACUAACGAGCCUAUACAGUGUUCACAUGGACCCUAAGACUUGGAAAGAUCCACAUGUUUUCAGACCAGAACGAUUUCUUGGAGAAGAGGGAAAAACGAUAAGGGAAAGGGCUUUUCUUCCUUUUGGUUAUGGAAAACGUCAGUGUUUGGGAAUUUCUCUGGCGAAAGCUAAUUAUUUCCUAUUCUUCACUUCACUACUACAUCGGUUCAACUUGGAAAAAACACCUGGAGAACUUCAGCCAGAUAUUAAUGGAUAUGAUGGCAUCACCUUAUCACCUAAACCAUUCAAAGUAAAACUCGUACCACGGUGAAGACAUUGUUGAAAAUAAGAAAGAAAGCAGCAACAUAUUAAGACUGAGACUCAUUUUUUUCAGAAUUAUUAACCGUUCUAAAGUUGAGUAUAUUAUAAGUUUAACAAAAUAAUCUGUUGAAAUUUCAUCAAUUUGAAACAGUGUAUUUGAAUAUAGAAUGCAUUAUAUUAUUUGAAUUAA